CUUUCUUCCUUGGCUACGAUGUGUGAAGGAACCACAGAAAUAAAAUGAAAGUGACGACAAGACUGAUAGUCGGAAUUAUUACUGGAUCGACGGUAACAUGUGCGUUGCUACCCACAAGUCCAUUCUACCUCGUAUCCGAACGUUGGACUCCAUAUCUGAAGCAAAGUCGGCCGUAUUUGCUGGCUCCUGUGUUCGUGUCGUCUUCUCGGGGCCAAGAGGACACGAUCAACGUAGCCCCGAAUGGAACUCUCCAUCGCACUUCUUCUUCUCCACCUAGUACCACCGCUGUAAAACGCAAGUCUGGCUACCGAAAAUCGGCCUACUAUUUGUCUCGAGAUGAGGAUCGCUUGCAGCACAAUUUCAUUUCGUUCAUCGACCACUCGGUGGGUUCACCCUAUUCCCAAGUCGCGCGGCUCGUCGAGCCCCGCGUGUACGCCCGACCUGACCAGUUCCAACGAAAUAACACGUAUGUUUUGCCGACAAUCGAUGAUGUGGCGCCGCCGGCAUCGUUGUACGGACCAUGGGCCAGUGCCUUGGCAUGGAAUGGACUCUUAGCCCGGGGCAUUGUCGGAACUUUGGCCUAUCUUUGUUUUCCCGUGCUUAUCAGUUUUCUCCAAAUAGUGACGAAAAACAUGGACAACGAUGCGUUAGUGUCUUUGGUCAAUACCUUUCUACCAGGUGUGGCUAUUGUUUUAGGUACCUAUUUUUCGUUGACGUUGAGUAUCCUCUAUAAUCGGUUCUCUCAGAUUCAACAAACGGUCACGUCGGAGGCGAGUUUAUUGGCGUUAUGUUGCCGUAAUCUCUUGGACAUGUUGUGCAGCAAUGACAUUCGCAAGGAUUGCGAUAAGACUGCUGUCCAAGCCGCGCAGUGCAUUGCCGAUCAAGUGAGAACACUGGUGCGGGACAGUCGGGGCCGAGAAACCAUGAUGGUAAUUUACAGCGACCCCUAUACGCGCCUGUUGCAGAUUGUAGCUGAAUGUCGCAAUGAGGGGAUUAAAUUGGAUGAGGCCCUGGUAGCAAACGUCCGGAGCAACGUUGCCGAUUUAUGUAAACUCCGUGCACAUCGCAUUAGUUACGAAGGCCUCGCGUUGGCCCCAACGCACUUUGACGUCAUGACAUUUUUAUGCGGCUUGCUACUGACUGGUUACGCAUUGGGAACUUUAGCCACGGCAUGCCCGAACGAUGGCACUCCUGCUGGCUUGGCCCAAGUUUUGUUCAGCGCCCUCGUUGUCUGUUACGUGCUCUUUUACGAAAUGUGCUAUGAUUUGAACCGGCCGUUUGACGGGAUAUAUCAAUUGCGACGAUCAGGAGCCGCAAUGCACUUGUUACAGGUGAAGCUGAUGAUUGUCAAUCAUCCCGUUGUCGGCGAUGGCAGAGUUGAUUUUGAAGUGUUGGAGGAUGAAGACGAUUCGGACUUUCAACGCGAAUACGACGAACGGUUCUGCGCCCGACGCAAGGCGAAGAUUUGCGAAAUGCGAUCCAUAGUUUUUUUUGAAUUUGACCCUCGGGGGAAAUUGAAGGCGCCGAUGACGACAACCAAGAAACCCCAAAUUACAAACGCUAUAGUGUACAUGAACAUUCGUCUCGUAGUAAAAUCGAGCGUUAUCGACGUCCACAAGGAUCGAUUGACCGAAAAGCCCCUUAUUCAGAGUAUCAAGACUUCCCCUGUCUUUUCUCCGCUUUUCCGAAGCUCCAGGACGGAGCACAAUCGUGUGCUUUUCCGUUGUUCCCAAGAUGAUUUGUUUGCUUCAACAACAGCCACGAGGGAUGUUUGUUACGAGACUGCACAACAAAAUCCUAAACAAAUAUUAAUAGAAGCAAGCUCAAGUCUUGCUGCGGUAGUAAGCCAGAGUCGCAUCCGCCUACUGGUCAGCUUUUUGGCAGCGUUGGUUGGUUUUCCGCAACGAGGCUGGACACUAUCCGCCACAUCCGUUUGGAAAACCACACGGCAAACGAUUCUAAGAAAGCAAUUCUGGAAGGGACUCGUUGCUGUUUUCCUUACCUUGCAAUUCACGCAGUGGUUACGAGUCAAGAGUCGGCAACGCGUGGACGCCACGUCGGAAUGGGAGCGGUACGCGCAGUACCCCGGGGCCCGCGGUCGAGCACUAUUCUCCUUGUUGCUCGCCCAAAUCCUUCCUCUCUAUGUGUUGGCCAAGGUCACCCGUGGUGCACUGCAGAACAAAAUACUUAAAUACGGAGGCAACGUCCUCUCCGAUGGUCUCCUACAGUUGGGACCGCUGUACAUUAAACUCGGACAGAUCAUUUCAAGUCGGGAGAAUAUCCUACCCGACAGCUGGUACCGUGCUCUGGAACGCUUACAGGAUCAAGUCCCAGCGCGGUCCGGAGCCAGGGCUAUGGAUUUGGCCUACGCGGCCUGGUCGGGCGACCAAGAUUCCUUCGACGCAACCUUUACCGAUUUUGACACGACGCCGUUGGCGGCCGCGAGUCUCGGCCAAGUGCAUUUGGCCCGAUACGGAAACGACACGGUCGCUAUUAAACUACAGCGACCGUAUUUACGUCAAAUCUACGAUCAAGACUUUGUGCUCUUAACCAAGGUAGCCUCGAUUGUCGACUCGUUUGCCGGCAGCGCGGGCGUCGUGGGCGGUAUUGAACAGAGUUGGACGCAGAUCUUUGCCGACGCGGAAGACAUUCUUUACCGCGAGAUUGAUUACCGCGACGAAGCGGACAAUGGAAUCCGUUUCUGCGAUGAUUUUGGCUUGGCCCUCGGUGGGCGGGUGAAAGAUUCUAGUGCGAAGUCUCAGGAUGGUCAGUUACUGCCGUCGGCGGCAUCGUGGUUACGGGCUCCACACGUUUACGGGGAUUUGUGUUCGGAGAAAUUUCUCGUCAUGGAGUUUGUUGAGAGCAUCAAAAUAACGAGUCAAACCAAGUUGAAGGAACAGGGCGUUACUUCCGCCGAUCGAGAGUAUUUGGCGGAUUGCUUGGCACGGGCGUACCUACGGCAAUUUUGCUGUAAUCUGUUCUUUUCCACCGACCCGCAUCCGGGCAAUUUGGGUGUGGAGGUUUUGAAUCGCGACGGCUCCCGUCCGGAAGAGCGGGUCCGGCUUGUUUUUUACGACUUCGGCCAAGCCGCCAAGCUGCAACCGGAACAGGCACAAGGCAUUCUGGACGUUAUGGAGGCGAUUGUAGAUAUGGACGUGGACAAAUCGGUCCGCGCCUUUCAGCAAAUGGGUGUCCUCAAGGAUACGGCCGAUUUGGACAUGGUCCGGGCUAAAGUCGCCGACAACUUCCGCACCGGCAAAGUCAAGGCGAACCGUCAAAAGUUGAAACGUGACGUUGGCGGCGGAUUUUGA